AUGUCUCAAUCCAAUCUCUUCAAACCUCUCAAAAUAGGUAACAUGCAAGUGCAACACCGCAUCGCAAUGGCUCCUCUUACCCGUCUCCGCGCCACCGACGAUCGGAUCCCAACACCCAUGAUGAAAGAGUACUACGGCCAACGAGCUGCAGUGCCGAGCACCUUGAUCAUUGCUGAGGGCACAUUCGUAUCAGCCGCCUGCGGCGGGUUCAGUAAUGCACCAGGGAUUUGGCGCGAAGAACAGCUCGACGCCUGGAGGACUAUUACUGACGAGGUCCAUGCUAAAGGGUGCUUCAUGUUCUGCCAGUUAUUUGCCAUGGGCCGUGCGGCAGAUAUCGAAAUAUCCAAGAAGGAGGGAGUUGAUAUCAUGGCGCCUAGUGCGAUACCGAUUGAUGACGGCGCUGCAGUACCGCAGGAGAUGACUAUUGAGCAAAUCAAGAGCACUGUUCUGGACUUCGUGGACGCCGCGAAAAACGCCGUUCGUGCAGGGUUUGAUGGCGUAGAGAUCCACGGUGCCAAUGGCUUUCUACUCGAUCAAUUCAUUCAAGAUGUAAGCAAUAAGCGCGAUGAUGCGUAUGGAGGGAAUAUCGAGAACCGAUCCCGGCUUCUGAACGAGGUGAUCAAUGCCGUUGUUGAUGCGAUAGGCGCCGAGCGCGUUGGGCUGCGCCUGAGUCCCUGGAGUACGUUCCAGGGUAUGCGAAUGGAGGAUCCCAUUCCGCAAUUCAGCGACAUCAUUGACAACGCGAGCAAGUCAAAACUUGCGUAUCUGCAUCUUAUCGAGUCACAAAUGUCUGGUGCAGAGGAUUCUGCGACUUCUGAUAGCUUGAACUUUGCGUACGAGCUGUGGAAUGGGCCUCUUUUGGUUGCUGGUGGGUACACGCCCAAUGAAGCGCGCAGACUUGUGGACGAGCAGUAUCCGGAGAAGGACAUUGUGGUUAUUUUUGGACGCUAUUUUAUUUCGAAUCCGGAUUUGGUGUUUAAAGUCAAAGAAGGGCUGGAGCUCAAUGCGUAUGAUAGACAAACUUUUUAUACCUACAUGUCGAGUAACGGAUAUGUGGACUAUCCGUUCAGCAAGGAAUAUCUGGCGGCUUGCUGA